UGUAUUUUGACGUGUUUGUUUUCAUGACUUUGAAGGAUUUAUUUCGUCUGAGUUUUCGUGGAUUUUUCAAAAGAAUUCGAUGGAAUUUUCAAAAAUAAGUGUUCCGUCGUGAUUGCGAACUAAUUAAUAUCACUGAAUAAUAUCAUUAAAAAACUAUGACAGAGAAAGAAGAUGCUACCAAACAAACCGAAAAUGAGCCUCUAGAUGACGAAGCCUUAGAGAAAUUAGCUGUAGAAGAGCUAAUGCGGGAAGCAGUCCAAGGAGCCGCCCGUGCCGAAAUAGUUGGCCCAUCCGGCUGGAUUAAAGCGCCGCAACAGAAAACUAAUAAACGCUUUCUCGUCAACACACUGCGCAAUGCUGUGACUUCUAAUAAAUACUAUCAUUCAAGACAUAACAGCAGGCACAGCAGGUCCCCAAAGAGAGACUAUCCCCCAAAACCCACCAUUAAAAAAGAAAAAACGAAGAGAAAGCAUUAAGAUGGAAAAUUAUAAUGUGGAUACUGUUUUAAAAGAUAUUUUUGAUAGCAAAGAUUCUAACAAUUGGAAACCAUCUGAUAAAAUUCCCUUAGUAACUAAAGAAAUAGAAACGUUAAAAAAUGAUUUGAAAACAUUCUUGAAAAGUAGUGAUUACAAUAUGGAUGCUAUAUUGAAAGAAAGUCAAGAGUUAUGUGAUGAGACUAACUUAUUAGUAAGUGGUAUGGAAAUGUGCAAACAAGAAAUAGAGGAAGAAACAAUGGCAGAAAUACUGCAUUCUAUUGAAAACCAUGACAGACUUACCAAAGAAUUAGAGUCUGUAAACUUUGCACUGAAUAUUGUUUAUGAUGUAGUACAGUGUGGUAAAUAUGUCAAAGAAUUUGAUGAUGGUCGGGAAGCACAAAGUUUCACUAGAGCUGUUGAAGCAGUGUAUGACUUAUUGCAAUACAUUGAAAUGCCUGCUGAAGGAUUUAAACAGUUGGACAUGUAUAAUAAUACUAGGCACACUGCUCAAUUAAUAUUAGACAGUUUGCUAUCUGAUUUAUAUGGAGAAUGGGAUAGAUUAAUUUCCACUUCUGUGAAGCCUGGUAACAAAAAAACAACCAUUACAAUAACUCUUAAUAUAGAAGAUUCUUUAAUUGUCAUUGAUGUCUUGAAUGCACUAGAAAAAAGUAAGAAACUUGUUGAAAAAGUAAUGGAGUUUUCACAAUUUCUAUUGAAGGAUGUUCUUGUUCCGAUAAUAAAUAAUGAUUGUAUUGUAUUUGCCGAGACAGAUGAGUUGAUGACAAUCACUGUAAAUCAGAAACCAGAUUUCAAACCAGCUUAUGAUGCAGUAAUUGCUAAUUUAAGGUUGCUGUUCCAUUAUCUUAGUAAUAAGUUGAAUGUAGAGUAUUACCGAGACAACUCUAUAAUGAAAAUGAUGGGCAAACAAAUAUGUGCAGAGUUUAGUGAUAUAUUAGUUAAGGACUGUUUAAUUGAUACUAUACCGAAUAAUAUAAAUGAACUCCAAAGUUAUGGGCAAAUUACUUCUGAAAUAGAAGAUUUUCAACAUUUCUUAGUCAUAGUGAAGUUCUUUCCAGAUGAUAAGAUUUCAAUAUUAAAAUAUGUGAACAAUAUAGAUAUACUCUUUGCCAGUAAGUCCAGCCAGUAUUUCUUAGAGACAGCUCGUACUAUUAUGCUAAAAGAUUUGAGUGUGACCAUGUCAAUUGGUGUGGAAACUAUACCAGAAGGCAAUCCUGGGACCAGUGCUGAUGUCAGUGGAACUGAAGAGGAAGCAUUAAAAAUUCUCAAUAAGACAAUGCCUAGAAGUUUAUUUUAUUUCCCUAGAUGUAUGAUAUCAAAAACUGCACAGGAAUUGUUAGAUCUUGUGUAUGUGAUGAUGGAGCAGGCUGUCCAAUGUUCAGAUGUUGUCUGUAAGAAGCUCUACAAUACCACACGCUUAGUUUUUGAACUAUAUGAUGCUGUUGUUCCAUAUCAUCAUGAAAAUUAUUUACAAACUAUUCCUCAGUAUGUUGCUCUAUUUCAUAAUAACUGCAUGUAUUUGGCACAUAACCUUCAGACAUUUGGUGACAAAUGGCUGAUAUUAAUGGAAGGACGUGAGUUGGACUAUCCUAUUAGCUUUGUGGACCUGGUACAAAAACUAAGAGAUCUGGGCUACCGCCAUCUAGCUAUACAUAUGCAGCAACAGCGUAAGCAGAUUUUAGACAACAUCAGAUCUUCAGAUUUGAACUGUAUAGUGGUCAAAGAUGUACUCAGUGAUAACGCAGAAGCAGCUGUCAGACAAUGUCUCAGGCAAUUACACUUGCUAAAGAAUGUCUGGAUUGGUGUAUUUCCUAUCAAUGUCUUUACCAGAUUAAUGGCUACACUCGUGAAUAUGUUUGUAGAUGAGUUGAUCCAUCGUGUUUGCACUGUAGAGGACAUAUCAAUGGAAAUGGCUACACAGCUCACUGACAUGUACACACUUGUUGUUCAGAAAGCGCCUCUAUUAUUCCAGAAUACAACAGAUGUAGAACAGUAUGUGAAGUCUUGGAAGAAACUCCAAGAGUUGAUCUUCGUUCUCGGUGGCUCUUUGAAAGAUAUCGAGAAACAUUGGAAAGACGGCACCGGUCCUCUCGCUGUACAUUUCAACACUGAAGAGCUAAGGAGUCUCAUCAAAGCACUAUUCCAAAAUACUCAGUUCCGCGCUAAUUUAUUAUCUAAAAUAAAGUAACAUAAUAUUUAAUUGUCGAGGUCAUUAUUAUAAUGUCUGGUAUUUAAUGGUUAUUGGUGUUUUAUUGAUUCACCUACAAUAAAACAUUUUUUUGUUUGUUUUUGUAGUUAUCUUUUAUUUUAUUACACACAAAACAUCAAGGCUGUGUUGAUUGAACA